AUGCCUCAGCCUUUAUUCACACCUCUCCUCUCCUGUGGCCGUUUGAAGUUCACUCACCACUUUCGCCAGAACUUCCUGCGAAAGCACCUGGAAAUUGGAGACAGUCAGCCGCUGCUCUGUCAGGAUUUUAAGCAGCAGCAGCGUGCGGAUGGCGUGGGAUCAGCUGCUCUCACGUUUGGAGGGCUGUCGUUGGACGAGUGCAUGAUGGCGUUCUUCUCCCCCAAUGCACGCUGCAGUCAACCACCUGCCCCACCCAACUUCUCACCUGCUGCCACCCCUCCUCCUGCUUCCCAUGCUCCUCUUUUUUAUUUCCAAGCCGCCACCUUCUCUGCCGCUGCUGCGGCAGCGGCUGCUGCUGCAGCUGCAUCUACCACCGAGUUCCCAUUCGGCCAUGGUGCCUUCCCCAUUGCCCAUGCCUCCAUCGCCGCUGCUCUGCAUCGUCCGUUGAAGCGACCACGGGCCGACUGCCCCGGCUUGGGGGCAGAGCAGCCGCUGCUUGGUGAACGCGAGAGCCCGUUGGUGCCACGCGGGGUGGUGCGAUGGGGGGUGGCGUGUAGUAUGGAGCGCCGGCGUCAGUCAGUGGCAGAGCAGUUCCAGCAGCAGGGGGCGAGCAGCGGCAUGCAGGAAGAGGAAGGAGGCCUUCUGGAUGCUCUGCUGCAAGAGGAUCAUCGCCAGCAGCAGCCGAGAGGAGUGGCGAGCAGGGCGCAGCGAAUGUUGUGGCCGCGUGCUGGUGCCAAUGCCCUCCCUCCUCGCUACUCUGCCUGGUUCCUCUGCCUGCAUUGGAAAGUCCACCUCUUGCUUGGAAAGUCCACCUCUUGCAUUGGGGAUUUCGCAGUGCAACCAGUGGACUGGCCUCGCGUUGGAUCGGAGAGUGCCCUUCCAGACGACGUGCUGCUGGGACUCUGCUGCGAGGGCUCUGGUUUCAUGCAGUGCUCUUCUCUCGCAGCUCCUCUACCCACCCAGCCACACGCAGCACUGCCAGCGCCGAUGCCCUCCCAAGUCGCUGCUCUGCGUGACCCUGCUCCCCCCCGGGACAUGAGGAGCUGCAUUACAGUGACUGGGAGUGCGUGUGCCACACAGGAACAAGAAUACCUGGAUGCGUGCGUUGAUGUGCUCAGAAGUGGAAGCAACACCGGCAACACCGACAACAACAACGACGAGGCUCUCUUUCUCGACACGCCCUUGGCUCACGUGCUGCUUGGUGGGCGUGCCGUUACUGUGCCCUUGAAUUGUGCGCCUCAGCAACAGGCGCUGGCAGCCCUUGGUGCUGCUGGGGCAGCCGUGCCGGAGUGGGUGGUGGAGCAGGGAGGGGUCGGGGAGGGAGGUGCUCAGCUGCACAGGCAGCAGCACGUUCUCACCCCGGAGGCCACAUUUGCUCAGUGGAAGGGUUUUCAGCACCUAUAG